ACAUCCAUGCAAUGGGACAAGGAAUCAAACUCGGGUGACUGGAUUCGUAGUGCGGCGUGCGAAAACACUCCACCUAUCUCUCUACCCAUCACUUAGGCUUAACCUAUACAGCAUGGUUCCCAUUUGCUGAGAGCGCUACCUAUGAAAGUGCACUUAGCCGCGCAAAUAGCGCAGGUCCUUCAGAUAUACGAAUGCACUUUUGUGUUAUACACCCACCGCAUGCAUGCAUAUACCCCAGCCCCCUUCACACUGACAUCUUAUAAGGACUCCCUCCGUUGCUGCCUGUAUCGUCACUUCUCCAGAAUCCUGACCUCAGUCAACACGUGUCUCGAACUGCUGAGAUUCUGAAUUGAAGCUCUUUGUUGUGCAGCGACUUCGCAAAAGAUUCACGCCGAGAUGCACACGCGGUUCUUUCUGCUGCUUGCCUGUGUGUUGGGCUCAGCGGUGGGUGCUUCCAUCAUUGGCAAGCCCUGCGCGCCAGGCGCCCAAAACGAAUGCAUACCCAGCGACAGCAGCAGCGGCGACACCCCUCAGGCCAAGCUGCUGCAGGACUACAUCGCAGGUUAUUUACGUCGAAUGCAGCAACUCGUGAGCCCGGACGGAAACGUCGCGGCGACAGCGACGAACGCGCGGGACGAGGAAGACAACGGGCAGACGUCAAGCGCCGAGAUCAGGGACCCCGAGGGAGCCUACGAUGGAAAGAGGUCCUAUUCCGUGGAGCACUUCCGUUGGGGGAAGCCUGCGGGGAAAAAGCGACGGCCGGUCAAAGUGUGGCUCGGAGAUGGUCGGAACCCCGGGCAGGAAGAGGAGGAGGAUUUUCUGGAGAGACGGAAGCGAUGAGCAAUGAGGUGGAGGCAGUGCGUGAUGAAGCUCGUGCGGGGCCUGUAGCAUACGUUAUAAAGGGGGCCCUAAAUAAAAAAAAAACAUGAAUAUUUAAA